CGGGGGCGUCUGGACGCCACUCGACCGGACGUCCUCGCGAGCAGCGGAGGCAGCGGCGCAUCAGACUCUUCAGACGGCGCCGUCGGAAGAUGGCAGCAGUCGUCAGCCAGCUCCUGAGUUCCGCCCUGCUGCUGUUCGCCCUGGCGGACACAGGCGACGCGCUGUCCUGCUGGGACUGCUCGUCGGACAAGAUGAGCCAGCAGUACUGCAGGGACCCGUUCAACAUAUCCAUACCCUUCGUGUACGCCAAGGACUGCUCGUCGAACCUCCAGCAGUCGCCCAGACCCGACUACCGCCAGUACUGCGUCAAGCUGAUCAUCAAGCCCCAAAUCGGGAGCGCGGUGACGCACCGGAAGUGCAUGUGGGGCCCGAAGCUGAACCCUGGGGCGGAGCUGUGCGCGUCGCCUCCCAGCCCCGCGGCGGAGACGGUGCAGGAGUGCCACCUGUGCGCCACGGACAGCUGCAACACCUCCCCGCGCCACCUGCCGUUCCGGGCGGCCGUCACGCUGCUCGGCUGGCUGGUGCUGCGCUCUUGAGCCGCUCCCGGGAACCACCACUCUGCCGCGCACGCUGAAUCCAUAGACUAGUACAUCACGUAGACCGACACUUGUCGAGAAACCUACGAGUAUGACGCUCGUAUUAACCCCCACUCAUUCAUCUUCAGAUUUUUUUUUUGCAUUUGUAAAAGUAAAUUUAAUUCAAACCUAAUACACAAAUAAAGUUUUUUUUUUUAAAUUCCAUUGAUUUACAUGAUUGGAUCAUGAUUUGCCGAUAGAACUGCCAAAAUAAGCUGAUGGAAGCAACAAAACGCCGGGGAAAAAAAAACGCACAAACAUUAUUUGAAAUAAUUAAAUGGUUUUGCAGUAAAUUAAUUCGACUUAAACCAUCAGGAAUAUACUGCAUUUAUAACUUAGCUGAGACAUAAACUGUGGUAUGGGAUAUAGCCUGAGCACUGAGCCAACUGAGUCAGGUAUAACACAUUUUUGACAGUUAUACCUACUGAGGAUUAAGAGUCAAAUUUUAGGGGCUAUAUAAAUAAAUUUUUGUAGCUCAAAUGGCGCAAUGAAACACUGCAGGAAAGCCAACCGCGAAUUAGUAAAAAAAAAAAAAUAUGAGUACAUAAGGUGUUAUACAGUUGACACUUCACACUCAAGUAACUCGGAAUUUCAUAAAUUUUUUACAUAAAACGAAAAUGAGUUAAAUGUGAAAUGAAGUGGUAAAAUUAUUUUAUGUAGUAAUCCUAAACAUAACGUUUUACUGGUAUAGUGAUCCGAAAGCAAUCGAUCAAAUAUUAAUUCAUAUAUUUUAUUUAAUAAUAAUAGUUAAAAUGAAGCACUGUCUUUUGUCAUUUUCUCAUAUUUUCCAAACAGUAGGUCUAUUUCCAUCAACUAACUCUUUGUGCGUGUUUACUUCAGGUAGUAAAAAUGUUUUAAAACUGAAUAAAUACAGCUUGUAUAAGAUUUAAUGUCUACCCCUCCUCAUAACUGCUCACGAUUAUCUAAUAAUUAUGUUUUGUUUUAGAACCAGUCUGCAAUACUCAGGGCAGUCUCUAUAGUUCUGAUCUGGGUUGCAAAACAUGGUUUGGUAAUCAUUACAUUAUAUGUUGAUAAUUUUUCAUUAUUCUUGGAUUUUGGAAUCAAACAACCUUGUGUAUGUUCUAACUAAAGGUGCGACAGAAUUAAAUGAUUAAUAAAAUAAUUGACUCAUUUAAUAGUAAGUGGUAAUGGUAAUUUUAUAUGGAAAGACCGAGUUAUUGGAGAAUGUGGGUGAGAUGUAACUACAGAGACAAUAUUAUUGUGAUAAAAAAAAAGUGAUUUUAAUACUAAGUACAGUCAGAAAAAUUGUUACAGUUAACCAGAUAAAUGAAAAGAUAGCAAUUAAAGUAAAUAUGUAAUUUAUUAUAAGAUUUAUGUAAAUAAAAAAGUCAACAGAAGGUUAGAUCUAAGUAAAAUGGUGUAGUAUUGAAUUUUUUUUGUAUUAUUGCUUAACAUAAAUUUACAUAGCUAACUUAACCCUUAGAGUAUAAUUGCUACAACAUGAAAAUAAAAAGAUAGAUUUGUCAUAAACAAACAUAUGUUAAUGUUAUGAAAUUAAGCACGUUCUCCUUACCUUAUGUAAAGUUUUGAUUCAAUCUACAAAUUAAAAUAAAAUUGCUUAUAACAUACCCAAUAUUGCAGAAAUUGAACCCAUUGGUACUUACUUUGCCUUUAUUUUAGGGCAGUGUGCUUAAAUUACUAAAAAAGCAAAUUACAGAACCAAAUUUAAUUUAUUACAUGCACACAUUUCAAGUGCCAUACAUGAACAUGUCACAAACUUUUAUACUUUUCAGACACUGCUUUUUAAAGUAUUCGUUUUUUUAACAUCAUUUAAUAGUGUUAUACCUACAUCGCCCCCAGUGUGUUUCAGUUGUGUAAGAUUAUUUUAAUUUAUAAGGCCUGUUCAUAGUAUGUUUACCUUUUUUAAAAUAUACGAAUAGAAAUAUUAAUAAGCCAUUCUAUUAUAUGUAAACCUCACAAAUAAUAAAAAAAUGUUAUUAACAAAGUGAAAAUCUUGCCUGUUGUAACAAAGUUGACAAAAUAAAUUUGCCUUUUACUAAAAUUACUU